GUUGGAGUGAUCAAUUUUCGUGAACAGGUUGGUGUACUAAAUAAAUUGGCCUGGCCACUGAGUGUAUGUAAAAAAAAUCCUAAACAUUACGACACUUCUAGUCAAUCAAAUAAGCCUCACGUAAUUCGACAAACUCUCAUUCACCUCCAUACAAAAAAAGGGUUUAACUCACGUGGACACAUUUUGGGCGGAGUAAAUCCUCUCGAUUCGCCUCUUCAUGUGAUUACCUUGAAAACAACGGUCGGACAUCUUGGACGCAGUGUCCAAUUCUUGAAUUUAUACCAGUGGUCGAAUCAGUAACUAGCGCUUUGAAAACUUCAUUGGAGUAUCGGCGCUCCGGUAUCACGAGUCCCAUCACGAAGCCUCUAGCUCGACCGAACAAAGUACAUACCAUAACAUAUAUUUUGGUACUUCUUAGCUACUGUAGUUAGCAACAACAAUGAGAAACUGCUGUGCGGUGAAUUGUGCUAAUCGAGCUGGUCAAGGAUGGAGAUUCUUCACUAUACCAAGAGGAUCUCAUCCCUUCCAAAAGAAUAGAAGACGGUUGUGGCUGCAAGCCAUAAAACGGGUGGAUUGGGGCCCUGAUGGUCUGAGGGGUGAUUAUAGCUUGUGUGGAGCUCAUUUCAUCUCUGGAGAACCUUCUAUGGACUACGACAGCCCUGAUUUUGUUCCAUCAAUAUUUCCCCAAGGCAAACAGACAAGAAUCUCAAGAAAGUUAAGAUGCAGUAAAGCACAGUCUGACGGCAGUGCUGUUGCCAUGGCAAGUCCAGACACAGAGGUCCAUGUCCUUCCUGACUGUUCUGAAGUGCUGCAUGGUCCUGACUGUUACCAUAGUGACCAAAGCACGCUAGAUCCAAAGCUGGAGGAUGAAAGUCAGACGCUGGACCUGAAUAUCAAAGAAGAAGAUGUGGAUAAUUUUAUGUAUCUAAACUAUUCUGGACUUCUGAAAGAGGAAAGGAAAGAGGAAACGUGGGAGUGUCCUCAGCCUGGGAAAGGUGGUCCUGACUGUAACCAUAGCGACCUAAGCAAGCCAGAUCCAAAGAUGGAGUCAGUCAAGAUGGAGGAUGAAAGUCAGACGCUGACUGUUAAAAUCAAAGGAGAAGAAGAAGAGGAGGAAACUUGUGGCAAGACCUCUUUGUCAACAAGGAAUCCGCUCACGUCCACUGGAGAGAAUUCUUACCAUUGCUCUAACUGUGGGAAGAGUUUCAGUCAACAUUCAAACUUAAAACAGCAUCAGAGAACACACACAAGGGAGAAAUCUCAUAGCUGUUCUGACUGUGGAAAGAACUUCAGUCAUAAGGGGAGUUUGGUAUACCACCAGAGAAUACAUACAGGGGAGAAACCGUAUAGCUGCUCUGACUGUGGGAAAUGUUUCAGUCAAAAGGGGAGUUUGUUAUACCACCAGAGAAUACAUACAGGGGAGAAACCAUAUAGCUGCUCUGACUGUGGGAAAAGUUUCAGGCAAAAGGGGAGUUUGGUACAACAUCAGAGAACACAUACAGGGGAGAAAUCCUAUAGCUGCUCUGACUGUGGGAAGAGUUUUACCGCAUCUUCUACUCUAAAGAACCACCAGCGUAGAACACACUAGAGAAAAGCCUUGUCCAUUGGACUGUGGGAAGAGCUUCAAUCGACAUCAACAUUUCUCACAACAUCAGAGAACAGUGUGUUGGAUGCAUUUGCUGUUUGUUUUGGUUGUUUCAGAUGUUGUGCCCAAUGGAAAUUAAAAGGUAAAUAAUGUAUUGUCACUUUUAUUGUAAAUAGAAUGUGUUUCUAAGCACUUCUACAUUAAUAUGGAUGCGACCAUGAUGAGUCAUAAAUAUCAUGCUAACCUCUGUUAUUGUAAUGGUAAGAGGCUAUGUCAUGGUAAGAUAUUUUUUGUGCGUCUAACUUCCUCACUAUUCCCGAUUUAAUUCAGAACUAUCUGUAAUCAUGGUAGCAUCCACAUUAAUGUAGAAGUGUUUAGAAACAUAUUAUAUUCUUAUUUACAAUAAAAGUGACUCAAAAAAUGACAAUACGUUAUUUUACCAUUAAUUUCUAUUGGGGGAAAAAAUCUGAAACAACCAAAAUAAAUAACCAAUGCAUCCAACAAGUUUGUAGAGUCACAAGCUUGAUGUAGUCAUUAUGUGCUAGGAAUAUGGGACCAGAUACUAAGUCUGGUCACUUUAAUACACACACACUGCUUUCAGAACGCAUUCAGACCCUUUGACUUUUCCCACACGUUGUUACCUUACAGCCUUAUUCUAAAAUGGAUUUAAAUAUAUACAAAAUCCUCAGCAAUCGACACACAAUAACCCAUAAUGACAAAGCGAAAACAGGUUUUUAAUUUAUUAAAAAAUAAAUACCUUAUUUACAUAAGUAUUCAGACCCUUUGCUGUGAGACUCUAAAUUGAGCUCAGGUGCAUCCUGUUUCCAUUGACCAUCCUUGAUGUUUCUACAACUUGAUUGGAGUCCACCUGUCGGAAACUCAAUUGAUUGGACAUGAUUUGGAAAGGCACACACCUGUCUAUACAAGGUCCCACAGUUGACAGUGCAUGACAGAGCAAAAACCAAGCCAUGGGGUCUAAGGAAUUGUCUGUAGACCUCUGAGACAGGAUCGUGUUGAGACACAGAUCUGGGGAAGGGUACCAGAAGGUGUCUGUAGCAUUGAAGGUCCCCUAGAACACAGUGGCCUCCAUUCUUUAAUGAAAGAAGUUUGGAACCACCAAGACUCUUCCUGGAGCCGCCCGGCCAAACUGAGCAAUCGGGGGAGAAGGGCCUUGGUCAGGGAGGUGACCAAGAACCCGAUGGUACCUCUGACAAGAGCUCUAGAGUUCCUCUGUGAAGAUGGAUAUUCUGGAAGGGUCUCCCAUCUCUGCAGCACUCUACCAAUCAGGCCUUUAUGAAGAGGCACCUAAAGACUCUGGUCUGAUGUAACCAAGAUUGAACUUUUUGGCCUGAAUGCCAAGUGUCACGUCUGGAGGAAACCUGGCACCAUCCUUACGGUGAAGCAUGGUGGUGGCAGCAUCAUGCUAUGGGGAUGUUUUUCAGCAGCAGGGACUGGGAGACUAGUCAAGAUCGAGGCAAAUUACAGAGAGACCUGCUCAGGACCUCAGACUCGGGUGAAGGUUCACCUUCCAACAGGACAACGACCCUAAGCACACAACCAAGACAACGUAGAAGUAGCUUCAGGACACGUCUCUGAAUGUCCGUGAGUGGCCCAACCAGAGCCCAGACUUGAACCCGAUCUAAUCUAUCUUUGGAGAGACCUGAAAAUAGCUGUGCAGCAACGCUCCCCAUUCAACCGAACAGAGCUUGAGGAUGUGCAGAGAAGAAUGGGAGAAACUCCCCAAAUACAGGUGUGCCAGGCUUGUAGCGUUAUACCCAAGAAGACUCAAUGCUGUAAUCAAGUACUAACAAAGUACUGAGUAAAGUGUCUGAAUACUUUUUUAAAUGUUUUGUUUUUUAUUUAUAUAAAUUAGCAAAAAUUCUAAACCUGUUUUUGCAUUGUCAGUAUGGGGUAUUGUGUGUAGAUUUAAUUCAUUUCAGAAUAAAUUUGUAAUGUAACAAUUUGGAAAAAGUCAAGUGGUCUGAAUAGUUCACUGUAUAAGUGAGUUUGUCCCAAUACUUUUAGUCCCCUCCAUUUUAGGUGACCAUGUGCAAAAAGUUAUUUUAACUGUUCACCCAGAUGAAAAUACCCUCAAAUUAAAGCUGACAGUCUGCACUUUAACCUCGUAGUCAUUCUAUAAUUUCAAAUCCAAAGUGCGGGAGUACAGAGACAAAACAACAACAUACGGGAGUACAGAGACAAAAACAACAACAUACGGGAGUACAGAGACAAAACAACAUACGGGAGUACAGAGAAAACAACAACAUACGGGAGUACAGAGACAAAAACAACAACAUACGGGAGUACAGAGACAAAAACAACAACAUACGGGAGUACAGAGAAAACAACAACAUACGGGAGUACAGAGAAAACAACAACAUACGGGAGUACAGAGACAAAACAACAUACGGGAGUACAGAGA